AUGUUAUGCGACAGGCCCCAGUCACAACGCAGGUUAUGCGACAUGCCCAGUCACCACGCAUGGUAUGCGACAAGCCCCAGUCACCACGCAGGUUAUGCGACAAGCCCCAGUCACCACGCAGGUUAUGCGACAGGCCCCAGGAACCACGCAGGUUAUGCGACUGGUCCCAGCCACCAUGAAGGUUAUGUGCAGGCCCCAGUUUCCACGCAAAGUAUGCGUGAGGCCCCUUUCAUCACGCACGUUAUGCGACAGGCACAAGUCACCACGCAGGUUAUGCGACAGGACCCAGGGACCACGCAGGUUAUGCGACUGGUCCCAGCCACCAUGCAAGUUAUGCCUAGUCACCACGCAUGGUGUGCAACAAGCCCCAGUCACCAGGCAGGUAAUGCGACAGACCUCAGUCACGACGCAGGUUAUGCCACAGUCCCCAGUCACGACGCAGGUUAUGCGACAGGCCCCAGUCACGACGCAGGACAUGCGACAGGCCCCAGUCACCAAGCAGGUCAUGUGACAGGCCCAAGUCACAACGCAGGUUAUGCGACAGGCCCCAGUCACGACGGAGGUUAUGCGACAGGACCCAGACACGACGCAGGAUAUACGAAAGGCCCCAGUUACCAGGCAGGUUUUGCGACGGGCCUCAGUCACCACGCAGGUUAUGAGACAGGCCCCAGACAGUCGUUACGCAGGUUAUGA